AUGGGUAAUGCCGACGCCGCCUGCGAUGACAAGUCGGCUGCCUCGGGCAUCAUGGCUCGCCUCUUCCCGGCUGAGCUUCGCGCGCAGUACUGGGAUGGGGCUCUGGCCAUAUUCCUGCUGUUCAUGAUGCAGAUUAUCAUCUACGCCCUCAGCUUUGUCUCACUCUUCCUUCAAGGAUUCUCCGCUGCCAUCAUGGGAAUGAUGCUCUUGGCCGUCACCAUUGGACUGGUGGACUGGGCGGUGCGUCGUUUUGGUGGCUCUGAGGCAGUUGACGUGUUUUACCAUAAAUAUCUUAAAGGCCCGACUGACUUGCUCAACAAGCAUAUGUCUGUUGGUUUCACUGUGCCUUUUGUUCAGAUCUUCCGAAACAAGCCGGCUAGUGCUCUAGAGAUUGGCUUGAUCACUGCUAUGUUUGUUCUUAUGGGCGUACUCUCUCCUGUCAUGGUGUACUACUUGUCCUACGCCAUUCACACAUGCUCGAUCCGCUUUGGCUUUGGAAGAAAUAAGAGCAAGAAAACUACCAACUCUGUUGGUCAGCGCCCUACAGCCCUACUUCGACUUAGAAACAUGCAGAACGACAACACAUCAGUCUCGGCAUCUUUGCUGCUGCCUUCUUCGGUAGAGCCAGUGCAGCAAAUCCCAAUGAAACGGUUUUCUGACCAGUCCACGCUGAUGAGAAGCUCGACACUCACCGUGGCUGGCAACAGUUCCGGGAUCCAAAGCCAGUCGAACUUGCUCACCGGUAAGGCAAAGACAGUGCAAGAGCUCAACCCAUGCAGUCGUGAGGCAAAGCCCUGGAAGGUCCUGGCCUGGAUCCUGCACAACAUAUGCCUCGUCAUCUGCAUCCUCUCGAUCCCCAUCUCAAUCGGGAUGGCCGCCAGCACCGGAAUAACAGUCUUUGCUGAUACGUCCGUCCUCCUUGGGAUCUGGAUGACGACACUGACCCUGCAAGCCACAGCGCGGAAGUCGGCGUGGCUCAAGACCAUGCCGCGGCGCCGCACUGCGGUCAUCGUCGGCCUCAACCCGGUCCUCAUCACCGCGGGGGUCAUGAUCGCCUACGUCCAGGCCAAACACGCAAUCCUUGGAUCUGACGUGCUCGCCGUACUCAACACCUUCCAGUCCGGCGUGACGUUUGCGGGCUUCCUCAUGGACAGGACGGUGCACGACGCCGUCUUCUCGCACAUGACGGCAAACGUUCCCUUCAGCGUCCUCGCCUCGUCCCGCAGCCGCACGAGCGUCGCCGGCGACGGCUCAGCCCCGUGCAUGGGUGCUGGAGACAUUGCCAUGACGAUCCUGGAGUCGGGCCUGGUGGCCUGGGGCCUCAAGCUGUUCGAGUACCGCCGCGCCCUCGUCUCACAUGCCGGAUUGGUGGUCUUGGUGACUUCCACCAUAGCUGCGGCCUUGACCGUCGUGUCGAGCCCGCUGCUGGCUCACGCUGCGGGGCUGGCCAAGGCGCAGAGCAUCGCGUUUGCGGUUCGUAGCGUCACGCUCGCACUGGGCACGCCCGUCAUGGUCAAGCUCGGCGGCGAUGUCGGCGUCAACGCGGCCAUGGUGGUGUUCAAUGGCAUCGUCUUUCAGAUGGCCAUGGGUCUUGGUCUUGUCGGCUGGAUCAUUGGCACGGUGGAGCGGUGCUGGGUUUGGGCCGUGGCAAGCGUGACUCCCUCUUCCGGCAAGGCGGUGCAGCUUGAUCUUGAGCUUGGUAACGAGUCGUCAGAGCUCACGCCUAGUCUGAACCGGUUUGCUCAGCGUCCGGCCGAGAGUACGCAAGCUGCCGGCAGUGGUGACGGACAUGCCCCGCCUCCUUCGCCGCCGCAGACGGCUUUCUGUCGACUUGAGCAAGACUCCGAUUACAUGAUCGCGGGAAGCAGCUGCCUAGACGAUCCAUGCCAGCUACCUCAGCAGCAUCAGAGACAGCCAUCUGCUGCAUCGUCCUCCUCCGCCAUGAUGCUGGAGACUAUUGCACCCAACCAAAACUCUCCUCACCGGCCUGGUGCCAAGCGCCAGCAGACAUCGGCAUCUCCAAGGCAGUCGGCUUGCUCACCACUGGCGUCUUCAUCCACAGUCGGCACCAAGAACAGCAUCGCCGUGAGGGAAGGCCCAGAGGAUGCCCGAACCGUCGCUAUGGGCGUCACGGUCGGAGUCAACGCAGCGGCCAUGGGCACUUCCUACCUCUACGAGCAGGGAAGCCGGGCGGCGCCCUACUCGGCGCUCGCCAUGACACUGUUUGGCGUCAUGACGGUCAUCUUCACCUCCAUCACCCCGCUGACAGUGUGGCUCUUGGCGCAAGUUGGUCCAGCUGCGGCUGCGGAUUCUUCAUAA